UCCACUCUUCUCUAUGCUAUAUUUUGUCCUGUUACUCUCAUCUGAUCUCACAUUGUCUGUCACGCACCACUCUCAUCUCUUCUCUCUCUCACAAGUCUGAACCUAGCUGAGCUGUACCACGUUUUUAUCCAGAAACACCAUUGCCGCCUCUCCUAACCCUUCUCUGUUCUUACCCUUAACAUGGCAGCUCUUGCUCUUGUAGUGCUUCUUCUGGCCACUCACUUCCAUUCCAAUCUUGCUGCAAAUGCUGCUACUUGGUGCAUUUGCAAGGAUGCAAGCGAUGCAAUCCUGCAGAAGACAUUGGAUUAUGCUUGUGGAGCUGGUGCUGAUUGCAACCCACUCCAUACAAACGGGCCUUGUUUCCAACCAAACACUGUCAGAGCUCAUUGCAGCUAUGCAGUGAAUAGCUUUUUCCAGAAGAAAGGUCAAGGACAAGGGACCUGUGACUUUGCAGGAACAGCCACUGCUAUUACAUCUAACCCCAGCAUUGGUAGUUGUGUCUACCCUUCAAGCGCUAGCGCUUCUGGCACUAGUACAACCCCAGUGACAACUACACCAUCCUUGGGCACUACCCCUUCUUCCACAGGCACUCCAUCAACAACCACAGGCACUCCAUCAACAACCAUUGGUAUUCCAUCAACAACCACUGGCACCACUCCAUAUAGCACAACUCCUGGGGUGUUAGGUGGGAUUGGCACUGGUAUGGGGCCUUCUGGAACUGGCAUUGAUGACAGUCAUGGCGGGCUUAGACUUUUGGACAUUGCUUUGUUCUCUCCAUUCUCAAUCACCCUCUUCUAUGGCUUGAUAAUGCUUUUGUGGGCUUGAGAAGAAAAUUGACCAUGAAUGUGGCCUGUUACUGUACCAAUGAAUGUGUUGUUUUUUAGGUAUUGGACUUUGAGUCUUGAGAUGUUAGCUUUUGCUUAUUUUAUUUUAUUUUUCUCCACCUCCAUCCAGUUCAUGGGUUUAAAGAGAUGGGCUUUUGAUUAGUUAUUUAAUUUGAUUAGAAUUUGGCAACUCAUGUUCUUAGGUUCCUUGUUAGUUAGUAUGGAGAAGUACAGAAAAUAUUAAUAUUGUCAAUGAGAAGGAACUGAGGAGACACCUCUUUAUCUAUCAACUAGUUGGAGGUUUCUAGAA